UAUUAUAUAUAUACAAUAUUCUAUCUUAUAAAGAAAUGGUCUCAUCUCUUUUUGGUGUCUAGGAAUCGAUCUAUAGCUAAGUUGGCCAUGAAAGAAACACUUAGAUACUUGGCAGGAAUUGCAGGCCCAAGUGGCUAUGGCUCCAAAUCAACUGCGGAGCAAGUCACUGCAAAUUGUUCUUAUUCUUCUCAUCUAACUGCCAUAAUCACUGGAGGGACAUCUGGUAUUGGAGCUGAGACAGCUAGAGUUUUAGCAAAGAGAGGAGUAAGAGUAGUGAUUCCAGCCAGGGAUUUGAUUAGGGCAGCUGAAGUGAAAGAGGGAAUUCAAAGAGACAAUCCAAAGGCUGAGGUUAUUGUUUUGGAGAUUGAUCUUAGCUCUUUUGCUUCUGUUAAGAGAUUUUGCUCUGACUUUCUUGCUCUAGGAUUACCACUCAAUAUUCUCAUAAAUAAUGCUGGGAUUUUCUCUCAAACACUGGAAUACUCUGAAGAUAAAAUUGAGAUGACAUUUGCUACAAACUACUUGGGACACUAUCUAUUGACAGAAAUGCUACUAGAAAAGAUGGUGGAAACAGCAGCUCAAACAGGUGUCCAAGGAAGAAUAAUAAAUGUCUCAUCUGUGAUCCACAGCUGGGUUAAGAGAGAUACUUUUCGCUUCAAUGACUUGCUUACUCCAAAAAGUUACAAUGGCACUCGUGCAUAUUCUCAGUCAAAGUUAGCUACCAUAUUGCAUGCCAAGGAAAUAGCAAGACAGCUUAAGACAAGAAAUGCAAGAGUAACCAUCAAUGCAGUACACCCCGGAAUAGUGAAGACUGGGAUUAUAAGAGCUCACAAGAGCUUUAUCACAGAUUCUGUGUUUUUCAUGGCUUCAAAGCUGUUAAAAUCAGUAUCUCAGGGUGCAUCAACCACGUGCUAUGUUGCUUUGAGCCCUCAAACAGAAGGUGUAAAUGGGAAGUACUUUGUAGAUUGCAACGAGAGUAGCUGCUCACCUCUAGCCAAUGAUGAAUCCGAAGCUCGCAAGUUGUGGAAGCAAACUCGAGCUUUAAUACAUAGACGAUUAUGUCAUUUAAAACCCUAAAGACAUAAUUUAGAGCCAUGUAUAUAAAGCUUAUUGUUCAUGCCAUGAAUGGCUCACACAAGCCUUUAAUAGAUGAUUUUAAAAGUACAUGAUGAAAAUAAUAAUAACAAAAAAAAGGACUCUAAAUAUUUACCCCUAGACUCCUAAAACAUUCCCCAUUUCAUUCUCUUCUCGAGUCUGUAAUUUUUCUUCUCUUCGAUGAUACUUUGUUAAUAAAAUCUUUUUCUUUACAA